UUUAAUCUAUUUUAUUUGACAGAAAUCCAUACUUUGCAGUUUGCGCUUUCCGAUUCCCAAUUCCAAAUUUAAAUAGAGGAGUAACUGCAUUCAACUGUUUUAAUUAAUUACUAUUAAUCAACAUGGCUGGUGCAGUCGCUAAAGUGCCUGUACUAAUUAACACGGCUAUUGCCAACUUCAGGCCGAAAUUUAACAUCUUCAUGAAAUACGCAAAAGUCGAAUUGGCACCACCAAAACUUGGGGAAAUCCCUCAGAUUAAAGCUGGCAUUGGAAAAUUGAUGAGUAGCGCUAAGAACGGAUCAUGGAAACAGCUGACUGUCAAGCAAGCCACUCUUAAUACCCUAGUUGGGUUUGAGGUGCUGUUUUGGUUCUAUGUUGGAGAAUGUAUUGGAAAGCGUCACAUUGUCGGUUAUAAAGUCUAAGUUUUUGUUAAGUGUACAACUGUAGAUACAAUGUAUGGCAAAUUAAAUUAUUAAAAAGAAAAA